AUGGGGGAAGAAGCAACUAGACAACAGAGAGCAUGUAACAGAGAAAUGGCCGUGACGACGAAUCUUUCUCUGGACAUAAACAAACACCCGAGAGAUCUCUUACGAGGCUUCAUGUCUGAAAACGGCGGCGGUGGUGGAAGAGCGAUUCACGUGGGCAGAGAAACAGCAACGCACUGCGAAGACGAGAGUGCGAUUGAGCUGAAUCUGGGUUUGUCUCUAGGAGGUCAAUUCGGAGUAGACAAGACUCCGAGGAAGCUCAAACGAUCGUCUUCCGUUUUAGACACUGUUCCUUUCGAAAACUCGAUGGUGACAGAGACGGAGAUCGAGCCGGAGAAUUACGCUGUGGGUUUAGCGAGAACGACGUCGUUGCCGGCGGAGAUGGAAGAGGAAUGGAGGAAAAGGAAAGAGAUGCAGUCGCUGAGGAGAAUGGAAGCUAAGAAGAGGAGAUGCGAGAAACAGAGCUUAAGGGUUGGAAAUUCCGACGACCAAACGGUGUCGUUUGAGAGUGAGAGAUGGGUCACUGCUAGUAAAAGUGGGUUUUUGCAGAGACAUUUGGUUCCUUCUAAUAGACAAGUCUGUGUCGAUUCCGAUGGAGCCAGAGGAGGUGGAGGAGGAAGCUCUUCCAGCUUGUCGGAGCUAGACAACAAGAACCAACAAGGUUCAUCGAACAGUUGUGGUGACGAGAGAAGUCCGAAGAUAAUGACUGGAUGUUCAUCUAACAGCGGAAGCCAAGGAACAGAGAAAGGAAACAAAGGGAAUGAGAAUGAGAAUGAGAACGAGAGAGGAGUGAGGAGAGAGGAGGACUCGGUGGAUAGGAAAGGGAAAGGGACAGCUACGGCGGCGGCGACUGGUUUGUUCGACAUGCCGUGUGUGUUUACGAAAGGGGACGGUCCAAACGGAAGACGUGUCGAUGGGAUUCUGUACAAGUAUGGGAAAGGAGAGGAAGUUAGGAUAAUGUGCAUUUGUCAUGGAAGUUUCUUGACGCCGGCGGAGUUUGUUAAACAUGGUGGAGGAGGAGAUGUGGAUCGUCCGCUUCGGCAUAUCGUCGUCAACACUUCUGCUUCGACGUUUUGA